CAGAAAAUAUCCGUUUAUCUUUGAUAUUGACCAAUCACUGAAAACGGAGUCCCAAAAGCUGCGAAUUGAGAUCUUACUCUAUUUGCGUAGAUGGGAUUGGUAAUAAUAGGUCCAUUGUUGGCAAGGAUGGGUCAAUUAUCUACUUCUGAUUACACAUCGGUGGUUUCAAUUAACAUAUUCGUGGCACUUCUUUGUGCGUGUAUUGUCAUUGGUCAUCUACUGGAGGAGAGUCGUUGGAUGAACGAGUCCAUCACAGCUCUAUUGAUUGGUCUAUGCACAGGAACUGUCAUUUUGCUGACAAGUGGAGGAACAAAUUCGCAUAUUCUAGUUUUCAGUGAGGACCUGUUCUUCAUAUAUCUUCUUCCACCUAUUAUUUUCAAUGCAGGGUUCCAGGUGAAGAAGAAGCAAUUUUUUCGCAACUUCGUGACUAUUGUACUGUUUGGUGCUAUUGGUACUUUGAUAUCCUUGGCCAUCAUCACCUUUGGUGCUAUGAAUUUCUUCAAGAAUAUGAACAUUGGUCCUCUAAACCUGGGAGACUAUCUAGCUAUUGGUGCUAUCUUUUCAGCCACAGAUUCAGUUUGCACCUUGCAGGUGCUUAAUCAGGACGAGACACCAUUACUAUACAGUUUGGUGUUUGGAGAAGGGGUUGUAAAUGAUGCCACAUCAAUUGUUCUGUUCAAUGCGAUUCAGAACUUUGAUCUAUCCCAUAUAGAUUCUAGCACCUUUUUGCAAUUUGUUGGCAGCUUUUUAUAUAUGUUCUUUGCAAGCACCUUGCUGGGAGUUGCUGCUGGAUUGUUUAGUGCAUAUAUCAUCAAAAAGCUAUAUUUUGGGAGGCAUUCUACUGAUCGCGAGGUCGCUCUUAUGAUGCUGAUGGCUUACUUUUCUUAUAUGCUGGCUGAAUUGUUCUAUUUUAGUGCUAUUCUCACUGUUUUCUUUUGUGGGAUUGUGAUGUCCCACUACACUUGGCACAAUGUCACUGAGAGUUCCAGAGUGACUACCAAGCAUGCUUUUGCAACAUUAUCAUUCGUUUGUGAGACGUUCAUUUUUCUUUAUGUUGGUAUGGAUGCCCUUGACAUUGAGAAAUGGAAUUUUGUAUAUGACAGCCCUCAAAUCUGGCUGAAAGUGAGCUCGAUUCUGAUGGGUUUGGUUUUGGUUGGAAGAGCAGCCUUUGUUUUCCCACUAUCAUUUUUAUCCAAUUUGACCAAGAAGUCUCCACGUGAUAAGAUUAGUUUAAAGCAGCAGGUUACUGUUUGGUGGGCUGGUCUGAUGAGAGGAGCUGUUUCUAUGGCCCUUGCAUAUAAUCAGUUUACUAGAGCUGGUCAUACCGAAUUACGGGCUAAUGCAAUUAUGAUCACUUGUACCAUCACUGUUGUUCUAUUUAGCACAAUGGUGUUCGGUUUAUUGACGAAACCAUUAGUGAGAGUCUUGCUGCCUUCACCAAAGCACUUACACAGAAUGAUCUCAUCUGAACCUACAACUCCUAAAUUCCUUUCAGAGGCACUUCUCCUGGAAGUGCAGGAUUCAGAACUUGACCUGGAUUCAGUAAGCAGAACAGGUGGGCCAAGUGUAUUUCGGCCAUCUAGCUUGAGGAUGCUCUUAACCACUACACACCGCAGUGUUCACUACUAUUGGAGAAAAUUCGACGACGCAUUCAUGCGACCUGUUUUUGGUGGCCGCGGUUUUGUGCCAUUUGUUCCUGGCUCACCCACUGAGCGCAGUGUGCAUGCUGAAGAAUGAGAAAUGGAAAGAGGUUUGGUCUAUUGGUUCAAUCAUUUGAGUGUUUUUUUGUAACUUAAGUGUGCUAUAGAUGCUGGAAUCAGAAUCCCUAUUGGUUUUGCAUCAAAUUAAUUAAUAUGCUGUAAAUAGCAAGUUUAUUUGUCUAGGGGAGGUCAUUCAUUUUGAAUGGUUAGUUCCUUCAAAGAUUGUUAUUGUAUCACAAACUUAUGUAUAUUGUAAUUAUAAGAGUGACAUUUCUUUUUCGCCUCAAUCCGAAAACCCUGGGUUUGUAUGGAAUGAGAACGUUUUGAUCUUAUUGACAUUUAAAAUUCUUACGUUGUUUUUUAUUUCACUUUUGUAACAUUUGAACGUAUUUUACGUUUUAUUUAAUAAAAGUUAAAAGAGUGACA